UCAACAGGAAGAUUUAUGUGGAUCAAGUUCACUUCGGAUGAAGAAUUGGAAGGACGAGGAUUUAAAGCCAAGUACUCAUUUAUACCAGAUCCUGAUUUCACCCACCGAGAAGAUUGCCAAUUUGAGCUCUCCGGAGCUGAUGGCAUAGUACGCUCGAGCCAGGUAGAACAUGGAGAAAAAGUCAAGCCAGGGGAAGCCGUUGACUGCAUAUGGACAAUUAAGGCGACUCCAAAUUCUAAGAUCUAUUUGAGAUUUCUGGACUAUCAGAUGGAGCACUCCAAUGAAUGCAAGAGAAACUUUGUGGCCGUCUAUGAUGGAAGCAGUUCCAUUGAAAACCUGAAAGCCAAGUUUUGCAGUACGGUGGCUAAUGAUGUGAUGCUUCAAACAGGAACCGGGGUGAUACGCAUGUGGGCGGACGAAGGGAGUCGGCUAAGCCGGUUUCAGAUGCUCUUUACCUCAUUCAUGGAUCCUCCUUGUUUAGGUGGUACUUACUUCUGCCACAGCAACAUGUGUAUCAAUAAUACCUUGGUUUGCAAUGGCGUUCAGAACUGUGCAUAUCCAUGGGAUGAAAAUCAUUGCAAAGAAAAGAAGAAGACAGGAUUAUUUGAACAGAUCACCAAAACUCACGGGACGGUCAUUGGAAUUACUUCGGGCAUCGUCUUGGUCCUCCUCAUCAUUUCCAUCCUGGUGCAGAUCAAGCAACCUCGCAAAAAAGUGAUGACUUGCAAAACCACCUUCAACAAAACUGGCUUCCAGGAGGUUUUUGACCCUCCUCACUACGAACUCUUCUCCCUGAGGGACAAAGAGAUUUCCGCCGAUUUGGCUGACCUCUCUGAGGAACUGGAAAACUACCAGAAAAUGAGGCGUUCUUCCACCGCCUCGCGGUGCAUUCACGACCAUCACUGUGGCUCGCAAGCCGCCACCAUGGCCAAGCAAAGCAGGACCAACCUUAGUUCCAUGGAACUCCCUUUCCACAACGAUUUUGCGCCUCCGCAGCCGAUGAAAACCUUCAACAGCACCUUCAAGAAAAGUAGCUACACGUUCAAGCAGGCCCACGAAUGUCCCGAGCAGGUAAUCGAAGACCGAGUGAUGGAGGAGAUCCCUUGUGAAAUCUACGUCCGAGGUCACGAAGACGCUGGUCAGGGUACCCUCUCAAUGGAUUUUUAA